UCUUUCGCACCUUCUUUUUCGAGCAUGAGAAUCCUUGUACGCUACGAUCGGAUUGCUCCAGAUGCGUAGUAUAAGAGCAAGAAGUCUACCUCAACCUCAAGGAUUGCACCAAAAUGAAUUCUCUGACCAUCGCAUUAUCCGGUAUAGUUAUAGGAGCCUACAUCUUAUACAAGGCCACGAAACGUUCUCCUUUCUGGAACAUUCCUGGUCCCAAGUCAAAUUCCUUCGUUCUUGGUCACGUUUGCGAAUUACUUCAAAACCAAGUGGGAUUGACCGAUUUCGAAUGGCAAGAAAAUUAUGGAGACGUCGUUCGCUUCAAGGGUUCUUUUGGAAGUGAUUACCUCAUGAUAUCCGAUCCGAAAGCAUUGCAGCGUAUUUUUCAGACAUCAGGCUAUAGAUGGCGUAAAACUCCUCAAAGACGUGAGUUCAGCAGGCUAGUGGCUGGCAAGGGACUCGCUUGGGCUGAUGGUGAUGUGCACAAGCGACAACGGAAAAUCAUGCUUCCUGGAUUCAGUGCUCCCGAGGCCAAGCAUUUGCUUCCAUUUUUUUCUUCUUGUGCUGCUGCAUUGCAGUUGUGUUCCCGCUGGACCGAUAUGCUCUUAGCUUCUUCGGAGCAGUGCCAGGUGUUCAAUGUCGCUGACUGGAUAUCUAGAGCUACGUUGGAUGCCAUUGGUCAAGCUGCUUUUGACUAUGAUUUUGGAGCUACGAAUAAUCAAGAUACUGAACUUUCGAAACUCUACCAAAAUUUGAUGAUAAAGACUUUCGGCACUCCUUCUAAAACGGCUCUAUUGAUGCUUGAUCUGUCUCGAUACAUUCCUCUUUCCGUGAUGGAAUUCCUUGACAAUCAUAAUCCGCGCUUUUCCCUCAUUCAUCGAGUUAAUAAUCUUGCACAUGUCACAGCGAAAUAUCUUGUAGAUAUGAAGUUGGGAUUGCUACUAGAAGGCAAGAACAAGAAAGACAUCAUGAGCCUUUUGGUUAAAGCCAAUAAGGAAGCUUCUCAAAAUCCCAAACUUCAGCUUAAUGAGGAAGAGCUUCUUGCUCAAAUGCGAGUUUUGUUGUUUGCUGGACACGAGACAUCUGGAACGUCGCUCACUUUCGCACUGUUUGAAUUAGUACGCAAUCCUGAAUUGCAGACCAGGCUUCGGAAAGAGAUUCGAAACACGGAGAGAAAAAUUGCGGAACGUGGAGAUGUUGAAGUCACAGCGCAAGACUUGGAAUCAAUGCCCUUCUUGAAUGCUGUAGUCAAGGAAACGCUGCGAUUUCAUCCUGUAGCCGUGCACCUCUUCCGCGUCGCUGUUGAGGACGACGUUCUGCCGUUGAUGAAGCCCAUUGUGGCCACGACAGGAGAAAUUCUUCAAGAAGUGGUGGUGCCCAAAGGGACUAGAAUAGUAGGAUCUAUCCCCGCAUAUAACAGGCAUGAAGAUGUAUUUGGGAGUGAUGCUUUUACAUUCAAUCCAGACCGAUGGCUGAACCCAGGCCAUGUUAAGAACAGUGUAUCCUUGGGCGUUUAUGCGAAUCUCGCCACCUUUUCUGCUGGAAUACGAUCUUGCAUUGGCUGGAGAUUUGCUGUGCUUGAAAUGCAGGCAUUCCUCGUCGAACUUAUCAAAAACUUUGAAUUUGCCGCAACACCGGCUCUGGAUGGUAUUCGGAGAGAGCCGGCUUUUCUUAUGACACCCUCAAUUGAGGGGGAGCUGGACAAGGGUUCCCAAAUGCCUUUGAAGGUAGCUUUUGCGAAACGAUCGGAUGACGACUCCUAGGAAUUUAGCUCUCGUCAUUUGCUCACCUGUACUUGUACAAGACCUGAACUGCAAGUGUGUAUUCAUUGUUUCUGUUAGCCGGAAAUUCUUAUCCC